UUUGCGCAUGUGCGGGGUGAAACCUGAAGAAGGUGAAGAUGGCGGCGGCCAGGGCGGGGGUCCUGGGAGUCCGGUGGCUGCGGAGGGCAGCCGGGAACGUGGUGCCUUUGGGUGCACGGACAGCCUCCCAUAUUACCAAGGACAUGCUCCCGGGGCCCUAUCCUAGGACCCCAGAAGAACGGGCUGCCGCCGCCAAGAAGUAUAAUAUGCGUGUGGAAGAUUACGAGCCUUACCCGGAUGAUGGCAUGGGGUAUGGCGACUACCCGAAGCUCCCUGACCGCUCACAGCAGGAGAGGGAUCCAUGGUAUGCCUGGGACCACCAAGAGCUGAGAUUGAACUGGGGUGAACCGAUACACUGGAACCUAGACAUGUAUAUCAGGAACCGUGUGGACACGUCCCCCAGUCCUGUUUCUUGGAAUGUCAUGUUUAAGCAGCUCUUUGGCUUUGUGGCCUUCAUGGUGUUCAUGUUCUGGGUUGGGGAGAAUUACCCUGCCUACCAGCCUGUGGGGCCAAAGCAGUAUCCUUAUAAUAAUCUGUACCUGGAACGAGGCGGCGAUCCCACUAAAGAACCUGAGCCGGUGGUUCACUAUGAGAUCUGAGGAGGCUUCGUGGGCUUUUUUGCCCUCUAACUAGGACUCCCUCAUUCCUAGAGAUUUAAUCUUAAUGUAAUCCCUAAUAAAAUUUAGUGCUAUA